AUGUCGACGACAGCGAAGCCGGUGAGCAAGAGCAAGAUCAACAAGCUGCCUCAGAACAAGGCCAAGAGGGGUAUAUUCAGCAACGCCAAUGCAGGGAGCAGCGGAGGGCCCGAAGUCGACGUGAAGGCAUGGAAGGCUGCACAGAAGGCUGCGGCGUCGGGAUCGAAGGGAGCAGAGGAAGAGGAGGAGAAGAAAAAGCAGGAGAGGACGAAGCGAUUUGCGGUAGCGUCAGAAGUUGCUGCCGCGUGUGAGAGCAGCGCCAAACAAGCGCUCAAGGCUGUGGAGGGCGUCGGUGGGAAGAAGGAGGAAGUGGUGAAAGGAUACGUCAACCAGGGGGCCAAGAAAGGAGCGCAGGGUGCUGAGAGCACAACGAAGCAGCAGGGCGCCGAGAGCGUAGAGGGAGUAGCUGGGGUGACAAAGAUCAGGGACACAACGAAGAAGCCGCGGCAGCUGCUGUCUGAGUUCUGCCAGAAGCAGAAGCUAGGAAAGCCUUCAAUCGUCACCUUGCAGGACAAGAACGGGUUCAAGGCCAAGUUCAUUCUCCACAAGGACGGCGGCGAUCCCCAGGUCAGAGUCACCGACCGAAGCUAUGCUACGGCACAGGAGGCGCAGGAGGCGGCGGCCGUGUGGGGACUGUACUGCACGGCAGGAGACCGGAGGAUGGACAGGAUCAUGGGUGCCGAGUACGCGGCUCUGUGGAAGGAGGUGGAGGCUGCGGAAGCGGAGUCGAAGAGGAGGGCGGAGAUGGCGGCGAAGAGGAAGGAGAACGAGAAGAAGAGGGAAAACUCGGCGAGCAAGGACAAGUUCAUGCCCUUGUACAUCUCAUCUGCACUCCUCACGAAGCUGGAGAACGUGCUGAGGUCGGCGGUUAGCAGCUUCUUCCCCUCGCAAGGAUCGGGAAAGGGAGGAUGCGGGGAGGAGGAGAGGAGCAAGGUGCUAGCCCUUGGAUUCGCGCAGGAGCAGGUGGAUCGAGCAAUGAGGGCGUGCGGAGAAGGAGGAGCGGAGCUGAUGAUAGACUGGCUGUGCCUUCACGAGGAUGAGGGGAAACUCCCCGAGGGCCUGCGGACCAAGGGAGGGAACAUGCCGUUUGAGAUCAUCGAUUUCUCCAAGGACAGGAAGAGUCAGAAGGGAGAGGAAGAGGUGGGAAAGGGCGGGAAAGGGAGGGAGGAAGAGAGGAGGAGCGGGAGGAGUUCAGCUGCCGUAUCAUGGGAGGAUGCGACUGACGUUGAGAUCCUCAUCAGCCUUGGGUUUCACGAGGAAGCGUCGCAAUCUGCCCUGCAGGCCUGCGAUGGCGAAGUACAAAACGCCCUGAACCAUCUCCUCUGGGAGCAGCAGCAGGGAGGAGGAGGAGGAGGAGAGGGAGAGGCAGAGAGCAUCGCAGAGGAAGCGGAGGAAGAGGCCCAGGCGCUUUCCUCCAUCUUCGGCGAGAACUUUUUCGCUGAAAAUGGAGAGUGGAGGGUCAAGGUGGAUGGAGCUCUCGGUGGGAGGAUCGAGGGGCUCGAGCUGAGCAUAUCCUUGCUGGGUUCCAGUUAUCCUCAUUCUCCUCCUCGUCGCAUCCUCGUCAGGGGCCCGACGACGCCCAGGGCCCACCAGGUCUGGAUGAGCAAGGAGCUGUUCGACCUGUCCUCCCGCAGCGUCGGAGGGCCCGUCGUCUUCGACCUCGUGAGCUGGUUGCAGUCCGACGAGCCUCUUGCGAUCCUCCCUGCUCGCCAGGAGGAACUGAGCUCCCUGCUCUCCUGCCGUCGGUCGCAACAGGAGGCGGACGACCUGUCGGAGGUGUCGACGGAGGGCUCAGCCGAGGGUUCCAGGGGCGGCUCGUCGACGAGUGUUGUCAAGGUCAAGUCAUCGUCCGGUCCGUCGAGAAGUUCCGCGCAGAGAGGAGGACGCGAGCAAGCGCUCAAUGCGGAGCAGGUGAAGCAGGUGUCCUUGUUGAUGAAGGAGCAAGAGGAGAAAAAGAAGUCGUCUCCUGCCUGGUGCAAGCUCCAGGACAAGAGGAGAAGCCUGCCCGCAUGGAAAGCGCGAGAGGAGAUUAUCGAGAAGCUGUCAAAGAACCAAGUCCUUAUCAUCUCCGGUGAAACAGGAUGCGGGAAGACGACGCAGGUUCCUCAGUUCAUCCUGGAUGACCUGAUCGAGCGUGGAGGAGGAGGAGGAGCAAACAUCAUCUGCACUCAGCCCCGUAGGAUCUCAGCUCUCGGGGUUGCUGAGCGUGUGGCGCAAGAAAGAUGCGAAGAUGUUGGGGGAAGCAUCGGAUACCAGAUCAGGUUGGAAUCCAAGCGAUCGCGUCAAACUCGUAUGCUCUUCUGCACAACAGGAAUUUUGUUGAGGAGGAUGGCGGAAGAUCGCGAGCUCUCCGGCGUCUCCCACGUGAUGGUGGACGAAGUGCACGAAAGAUCAGUCGACAGCGACUUCCUCCUCAUCCUCCUCCGCCGGCUCAUCAGAAAGAGGAAAGACAUCAAAAUCAUCUUGAUGAGCGCGACGCUCGAUGCUCACAAGUUCUGUAAAUAUUUCGACGAUGCCCCAGCCUUCACAUUCCAGGCUUCACUUUCCCUGUGGAAGAGUUUUUCCUCGAGGAUUGUUUCCGCAUCACCGGCCAGCUCAUCGGCCGUGGUGUCAGAGCCCGCGGACGAGAGGCCCUACGACCCCAACGGCAGGCUGACCGACGUCGAGAUUUCCAUGCUCAACGUCGACGAAAGCAAGAUCAACUACGAGAUGAUCGAGCUCCUUCUGCUCCACAUCUCCUCCUCCUCCGCCAAAGACUCGAAGCAGGACGGUUCGGUCCUCGUCUUCCUCCCCGGCAUGGGAGAGAUUCAAAGGGCGCACGACACGCUGGUCGACAGCUCCCGCCUGCGUCAGGUCGGAAAGUUCUGGUUCAUCCCGUUGCACUCGUCCCUGCCCUCCCUCGACCAGCUGAAGGUCUUCGAAAGACCUCCUCCUGGCGUGAGAAAGGUCAUCCUCGCCACCAACAUCGCAGAGACCUCCAUCACCAUCGACGACUGCUCCUACGUCAUCGACUGCGGGAGGAGCAAACAGGUUGCCUUCGACGCUGAGACCGGGCUCUCUCGUCUCCUGGAGGACUGGAUAUCCCGAGCUGCCGCGCAGCAGAGGAGGGGGAGAGCAGGGAGGGUGAGGGAGGGCGUGUGCUACCGGCUCUUCUCCCGCCGCCUCUUCCAUCGCAUGCCGGAGCAGCAGCAGCCUGAGAUCCAUCGCGUGCCCCUAACAGGCCUCUGCCUGCAGAUCAUGGAGAUGCAACUCGGAUCUGCCGCUGCGUUCCUGCGAGAGGCCCUCGAUCCUCCGUCCUCCAAGUCGAUCGAGCAUGCCAUGGACACGCUCUACGGCGUCGGGGCGAUUCAGGGGGGAGAGAAGGGGAAGUGGCUAGAGCAAGGAGCGCUGUGGCGGCUGACGCAUAUGGGAGAGCACUUGGCCAAGGUGCCGGCAGACGUCCGUCUGGCUCGCAUGCUCAUGUUCGGUGCCGUGUUCGGAUGUGUCGAUCCUAUCCUCACUGUGGCCGCUACCAUGACGAGCAAGUCGCCGUUCCUCGUCCCCUUCGACAAGCGGGAGGAGGCCAUGAAGAGGAAGCAGAGCUUCGCCCACCCGCGGGACAAGUCGGACCACCUCCUCUUCAUCCGUGUGUUCGAUGAGUGGACCAAGGCGAGGAGGCGAGGAGCCAAGGAGGAGAGGCUCUUCUGUCAGACCAACUUUCUCUCGUCCUCCUCCUUGAACACCAUCUCCGAUCUCCGCGAGCAGUUCCGCGAGCUUCUCUCGGACGCUGGGUUCAUCCAUUCGCGCGCAAACAGCAGGGUUCGCAACAUGCUCACCUACCAGCUGGACGCCUCCUGCAACUCCAAUUCCGACAACGUCCGCCUGCUGCGAGCUGUGAUCGCUGCUGGACUCUACCCCCACGUCAUCCGCGUUCAGCUCCCGGAGACCAAGUUCGUUGAGCAAGCGGCGGGCGCCAUCGCACGUGCGGCCACGGCCAAGGAGCUGAAGCUCUACACGGAGAAGGACGGGAGAGUUUUCCUGCACCCCUCCUCCAUCAACUUCUCUGAGGGAGACUUCCUCUCUCCAUGGCUCGUGUACCAUGACAAGCAGGCUACCUCCAAGGUUUUCAUCCGAGACUCAAGCAUGGUGACUCCCUACGCUCUCGUCCUCUUUGGCACAGACCUCCGCAUCCUUCACGCUGCUGGGCACGUCUAUGUCGACGACUGGAUCAAGUUCCGGGCCCCGGCGCGUCUCUCAGUCUUCCUGAAGUACCUCCGAAGGCUCCUGCAGGAGGCUCUAGAUGACAAGCUCAGGAAUCCCGAGGCGGACAUCUCCGACCAUCCGGCCGUCUCUCUGCUCAUGGACUUCCUCGAGUUUGAGUGA